AAAUCACUCCCUCCCUCCUGGCAAGGGAAACGGAAAGCGGCGCCGUGCCCCUCCCGCCGUGCCGGGAGGGGGCGGCGCUUCCCUCCCGCCUCCCGCAGCCAUGGCGGCUCCCGGCGGGAUGGUGCCGGUGCUGGCGGGGCUCUACGUGGGCGGCGCCGAGUCGUGCUCGUCCCCGGAGGCGCUGGCGGCGGCGGGGGUGGUGGCGGUGCUGACGGUGGACGCGGAGGAGCCGCCGGCCGUGCCGGGGGUGCGGGCCAUGCACGUCCGGGCGCGGGACGAGCCCGGCGCGGACCUGCUGAGCCACCUGGACGAGUGCGCCGCGUUCCUGGGCGCAGCCCGGGCGGGCGGCGGCGCCGCGCUCGUCCGCUGCCACGCCGGGGUGAGCCGCAGCGUGGCCGUGGUCGCCGCCUACCUGAUGAAGACGCGGGGGCUCGGCUGGGAGGAGGCGCUGGCCGCCGUCAGGGCCGCCAAGCCGGACGCGCAGGUGAACCCGGGCUUCCAGGGGCAGCUGAAGCUCUACGAGGCGAUGGGGUGCGCCGUGGACACCAGCAGCGUCCUCUACAAGCGGUACCGGCUGGAGAUGCUCAGCGAGAGGUUCUCCGAACCUCAAGACUUGCCCCAAGAAGUCUUUGCAGUUGAUCCUACCACUGUAUGUCAAACUUUGAACACAGAGGUUCUCUACAGAUGCAGGAAAUGCAGACGCGCUCUGUUCCGUAGCUCCAGCAUUUUGUCCCACACGGAAGGAAUGGGACCGACAGCUUUUGCCCACAAGAGGAUAACAGAGUCUGCACGGCUUUCUGGGAAUGGCCAGGAAAAGUGCACCUCGUACUUCAUCGAGCCUGUGCAGUGGAUGGAACCGGCAUUGCUCGGAGUAAUGGAAGGACAGCUUCUGUGUCCCAAAUGCACGUCGAAGCUGGGCUCCUUCAGCUGGAGGGGGGACCAGUGUUCCUGUGGCCGCUGGGUGACGCCAGCCUUCCAGAUCCACAAAAGUCGAGUGGAUGAAGUGAGGACACUGCCUGUUGGUAACUUCCAAACUGCCAAAACCUGAACUCAUCGCUUCACUUGAUGGAUUUCUUAACAUCUACCAAGAACUACUAGUCCAUGGUUGCCAGGAAAUGAGCUUGACUUCCACCCCUUAGUGAGGUGAUGGAAUUACUUGAACACCUUCAGCUUGCUGUAUCUCUUAAUAUAGUCUAUGAAAUAUCAGAACACUUUCUUCAAAGAGGUGUUACAGAGUGGUCAAAUCUACAAAAUGGGCCAAAUGUGGUGUUUUUAGUGUGUUCUUCACUUAUGUGUUGCUGUUCACAGAAGGUCUCAACUCCUUAUUCAGAAGGAGUUGCUGUGGCCAGUAGUGCUGCUCAGCUUCUGAUCCAAAGUGCCAAGUGCCCUCAUAUGGUACAAUUACAGUUGUUUUGCAUGUGUGGCAGCAAAAGGCAAACUCAUAAUUACACUUUUAUUGUAUUAAAAGUAAUCCUAAAAAUAGCUGCCCCAAGAGUAUUUACUUUGUAACUCUUUCAUGUAAUGUGUGAGGAGAUUGUGCAAGCUCUAAUGAAUGGGAGAACUGAAGUAAAGAGUCCAUGCCAAAUUACUGCUUGCAGUUUUGAAGAAAUCCCUAAAGUGAUGAAGUAAUUUUUUCUAAGCAAGCUGUCACCUUUUGUGAUGGGCUGCUGUGUACACCACUGUGGUACAGGUUUGGUUUGACAUAAGAAAAUAGGACAGAUAAAACCUAAUUUAAAUCAAUUUUAUUUUCAUUGACUUGAACAAUUUUUUUUAAUUUAUUUUUUUUACACAAUUUCCAGCAACGUACAUUAUGAAAUAUACAAGAUAAAGUAGGUGGUGGGGUUCUGCCCAUGUUGUAAUUCCUCCCACAGCUGUGGAAGGAAGACUUGCAGGACACAGAGAACAUCAGAAUCUCAACACUGAAAACAGACACAAAACAAAAAGGACAAAAAUAUAUAUGAAACUUUGAACUGGUCACACUUCAGGGCCAGGUACAGCACAAUAAAUAUUAGAACUGCAUUAUC